UUGCUCAAGCAGAAAGACCAAGAUGGCGGACGGAGGAGUUUCACAUUUACCUCUUAUGGCUUUUUUUGAUUCAAAUAUAGCUACAAAUACCUCCAAAUCAUUUUGUUCUAAAGCCCACGACACAUACGUCGAGUUUGGAGCCAUGGAGUGUUACCUGAAGUGAAGAUUGAAGACGUGAUAGAAGAUGAACGACUACUGCUAUGCUAAGAUGGCGACGUCCGCUAAAAGAGAACAUGAAAGAGAAUCAACUUCCAGCAAAUCACCAACGGAGAUAAAGACGAAAGAUGAAGACGUCCAGCAGCUGUUUGGUCAUCCAGAAGAACUGCAGGGAGGGAGCUCCACUCUGAAGCAGGAGGCUUCUCAGCCCCCCCACAUUAAAGAGGAAGAGGAGGAACUCUGGAUCACUCAGGAGGGAGAGUGUCUUCUAGGACUGGAUGAAACUGAUCUCACCAAGUUGCCACUGACUAUUGUCUGUGUGAAGACUGAAGAUGAUGAAGAGAAACCACAAGUAGACAACCUCUUAGCUCCACUAUCAGAUAGUGAGGCUGAAGAUGAGGUUGAAGUAUCUUUGAGCAGCGAUACAGACUGUGAAGGCGAUAUGAGGACUCACACUGACAACAAACACUCUGAAUGCUCUCAAGAGAGGACAAGUAAAAAAUGUUUGAGCUGCUCAGUUUGUGGUAAAAGCUUUUUUAAAAAGAACACCUUGACUAAGCACAUGAGAAGACACACAGGAGAAAAAGCAUUUACUUGCUCAGUUUGUGGUAAAAGAUUCCUUCAUAAUGCAGACAUGGUAAUACACAUGAGAACGCACACGGGAGAAAAACCAUUCAGCUGUUCAGUUUGUGGUAAAAGCUUUACGCAGAGUGGCACUUUGAUUCAUCACAUGAAAACACACACAGGGAAAAAACCAUUUAGCUGUUCAGUUUGUGCUAAAAGCUUUUCUCUCAAAUGCAAUUUGGCUAAACACAUUAGAACGCACACAGGAGAAAAACCGUUUACGUGUUCAGUUUGCGGCCAAAGCUUUACUCAAGAAGGAAAUUUGGCUAAACACAUGAGAACGCACACUGGAGAAAAACCAUUUAGUUGUUCAGUGUGCAGCAAAAGCUUUACUCGAAAAGGCAGCGUGAAUGACCACAUGAGAACGCACACGGGUGAAAAACGAUUUAAUUGUUCAGUAUGCGGUAAAUGCUUUUCUCAAAAGAAAUGUUUGACUAAACACAUGAAAGCACACACAGAAUAAAAAAACCCAUUUAAUUGUUCAGUUUGUGGUUAAAAAAAGCUUUACUCAGAAGGGCACAAAAAUGCACAGAGGUUAGUUGCUGAGUUUGUGGUAACAGAUUUACUCACAAGCAUGUCUGUGGAUUUUUUCCUUCAGCCAGGUCACAACAAGUGUGUUGGAAGGAUGGAUUGAUGGGGUUCAUCAUGUUUAAAUAUUAGUAGAAUAUUAUUGUGUGCAGACACAAAAACAAAAAAUGUCCAGAUCUUAACUUUCUCUUAAUAGUUAAGUUUGAUGUAUUUUCGAAUCUCCACCAGAGCGGAGGACCUCCCUAAACUAUCCAAUAUCUACCGA